AGAGAGCGUCGCGCGCAUGACAAACGUCAGCUGAUCCAUCUGCUGCGACUGUUACUACUACGUCUGACGUUUCUGCCAAGUUAUAUUUACCUAAAUAUUUUGCGGUCAAAACACGAUGACCCGGCUGGUCUUCGGCUUAUUGACUUGCAUUUUCGUGACGGCGAGCUUUGUGGACACACGACAGAUCAGAUACGCGUUUCAGGGGGAUUACAAUGAUUACAAUGAUGCGCAACAGAGGACAUUGAAUGAAAAUAGAAAUCUAAAUCUGUUGGACAUAUACCAAACAUAUUUGGAGAACAACAAAGAGAACCGUAGAGAUGUGGAUGAGUUGGAGAAUUGGACUGGACGUUGGAUGCCUGAGAGAUUGGGUGAUCCAACACCACCACCUAAAGUGUAUCCACACAAUGGACUAGAAUAUGAAGAAACUAUGGCAGGACAUCAUAACAUGUAUAUGGGCCAGAUAUCGUCAGACUGUGAUGAUGCAAAGACAAACUUGACUGUUGACUGGGAUCAUUCUGUAUCAGCGCAAACUUGUUAUGGUCAUCAUAUCAUGCCGAGCAAGAAGAUUUCACAUAUCUAUUGCGAUUACAUUCCAAAAGCAUACAGGGCUGCUCAUAAAUGUAUGAAUGAAACGAUCGAAUAUGACGAUAAUGUACCUCUGUAUGGCCCGCAUAGACCUUUAUGGCCCGUUUACGGAGAGUACAUGUACCUGCCCAAACAGAGAUGGCUGCACAGUCUCGAGCACGGAGCGAUCGUCAUGUUGUACCAUCCGUGCGCGAAUCCGCUGGAGGUAAACCGCCUGAGGAAUCUCGUGAAUCAGUGUCUUUGGCGACAUAUUAUCACGCCGUGCAGUGAUCUAAACGAGGACUAUCCGUUGGCACUUCUGUCCUGGGGCUGUAAGCUGACUAUGUCUUACGUGAAUCCCGGGGUGGUGACGCAGUUUAUACGCAAGAAAGCCCUCAACGGCCCGGAGCAAAUCUCGAAGGACGGUCAGUUCAAAGACGCGCUGUUGACACCAUCUAAUUUAGUCACAGAUCUCAUGGAUUCGCAUCUUUGCCCGGGAAUAUAUUAGGCGAACGGCGCGACAUCAGUACAACUUUUCCAGAAUUUGCAACUCAGACAUUUAUGUGUUUUGCAUUGUGUGUACAUAUAUCUGUUCUUUCGUGAAUCAUAUGCAGUUGUGAUCACAUACUGUUUUUAAUCUAUUGUACGUUACGUUUAAUUAGCUUGACAAUUAUUUAUACGUAAUUGUAAAACUACUUAAGUGACAAGAGCGAGCUCGUUUCCUGCGGAACGUGUAACGGAGAUAUGUCUCUUUCACAAAGCAUUAAAUAUAAGAGUAAAUUAUUCGUGAGAG